UGCGGCCCCCCGGCCAUGACCGUUUGCAUCCUGGGCUGCCCCAGCACCUUCCUGCCCGUCCUGGUGGAGGGAGGCAACCGCUGCCCAGGCUCCAUGGUUCUCUGCCUCUCCCCGUCCUGGGUCCGCAGGGUCCCCUCCACCUCCUCCCCGGGGGCCUCAUCCCUGCUGCUGUCCCGGGGGGUCUCAUUCAGCACCGGGGGCCGCAGCUCCCUGGGCUCCUUCACCCCCCCCCGCAGGGCCCAUUACGUACUGGGGGCGUGCGGGGGGGGGGGGCCCGAGGGACGCUGGGUCCCGGAGCUCACCCGGGACCUCGACUGCCCCACGGGGGGCUCGGAGCCCCUGCGCCGCCGCCUGGACGACCCCGUGUGGGGCCGCUGGGUGCUGGCGGCGGGGGCGGGGCUGCCCGUGCCCCCCUGCGUGGCCUUCGUGGGGGGGGGGCUCGGAGGGGAGGGGCCCGAGGGGCUGCGGGCACCCGGGGUGAGGCUGGUGCGGAGGCGAGGCCGGCAGGAGGAGCAGGAGGCGGCGGUGAGGGAGGAGCUGCGGGAGUUCCUGGGGGGGGCGGACAUGGAGAGGUACCGGGAGGUCGCGGUGCGCGCCGCGGGUUGGCGCUGGCGCGGCUCCGGUGCCCGCAGCGCGCACCCGAAGGCGGAGGGGGCGGCGGUGGCGCGCGCGGUGGGCGCGCGGCUGCGGGCGCUGCGGGAUGACGACAGCGUCCUCGUGGAGGCGCUCGUGCCCUCCGCGCGCGUGCCCGCGCCCCCCCCACGCAGCCCAGCCCCACGGCUGCCCCUGGCCAUGCGCAUCUGCACCCUGGUCUGCAGGUCCUGGGGGGACCGACCCCGGCUCUGCCAGGUGUGCUGCUCCAUGGGGCGCGCCGAGGCCCCGGUGCAUCACGGUGCGGUGCUGCCACAGGCGCUGGACUCCAGCCUGGAGCUCUGGGGGGUGGCAGCCCCUGCUCAGCGCCAGGCCCUGGCCACGCGCCUGCGGGCGGCUGCCGAGGCUGCCAUGGCUGCGGUCCUGGCCACCGAGGCCGAGCUGAGCCCUGAGCAGCGCGGUGGUGCCCGUGCCCACACCGACAUCAUGGGUGUGGACUUCUUGCUGGCGUGCGUGGAUGACACCUUGGAGCUGGUGGCCCUGUCCACCAACAGCCAGCGGUGCCUGGAGACCUGCCUGCUGGCCGAGGCUAUGGGGCGCGCUGUGGGGCAGCCCCACGGGGACACGGCGCGGCUGCUGGCUGAGGCCAUGCUGCACCGGGCGCAGCGGCACGUCGUUGAGGGCAAGGACAUCCUGCUCAUCGGAGCUGGUGGCAUCAGCAAGAGCUUCGUCUGGGAUGCAGCUCGCGAGUAUGGAUUGAAGAUCCACUUGGUGGAGUCGGACCCGGAGCACUUCGCGGCAGGGCUGGUGGAGACCUUCCUGCCCUACGACAGCCGAGAGCACCGACGGGACGAGGAGCACGCGGAGCGGGUGACGGAGCUGCUGCGCUCCCGGGGCCUGCAGCCCCACGCCUGCCUCUCCUAUUGGGAUGACUGUGUGGUGCUGGCGGCCCUGGUGUGCGAGCGCUUGGGGCUGCGCUGCAGCCCGGCCGCCGCCGUCCGUGUGGCCAAGCACAAGAGCCGCACGCACCAGCACCUGCAGCGCUGCCGUCGGGGCCGCCCGGCCCCGGCCGCCUUCGCCGUGCCCUGUUACCGGCUGCAGAGCCACGGGGACGUGGAGCGGGCGGCGGCGGCCGUGCCCUUCCCGGCCGUGGCCAAGCUGGAGUUCGGGGCCGGGGGUGUCGGGGUGAAGCUGGUGGAGACCCCCGAGCAGUGCCACGAACACGCGGCCCGGCUGUGGCGAGACCUGCGGGACGAUGCCGACCACCCUGGCAUCGGUUUGGGCUGGGGGAACGCGAUGCUGCUCAUGGAGUACGUGCCCGGCACGGAGCAUGACGUGGAUCUGGUGGUGUUCGACGGGCGCUUGAUGGGCGCUUGGGUGUCCGACAACGGCCCCACGCGUCUGCCUGCCUUCCUGGAGACCGCUGCCUGCCUGCCGUCCUGCCUGCCCCCGGACCGGCAGGCGCAGCUGGUGCGGGCAGCGCUGCACUGCUGCCUGGCCUGCGGGCUCCGCGAUGGGGUCUUCAACGUGGAGCUCAAACUGGGGCCGGCCGGGCCCCGCUUGCUGGAGAUCAACCCCCGCAUGGGGGGGUUCUACCUCCGGGACUGGAUCCAGGAGGUCUACGGAGCCGACCUGCUCCUUGCGGCCGUGCUGGUGGCGCUGGGGCUGCCGCCGGUGCUGCCCGCUCGCCCCGAGCCCCGCACGCACCUGGCCGGGGUGAUGUGCUUGGGCUCGGAGCACGGAGCCGUGUUGGGGGCCGGGGGGGGGCUGCGGGUGCUGCAGGACCUGCAGGGCCGGGGGCUCGUCCGCCUCAACCGGCUGUUCGAGGAGACGGCGGCCGACGGCGAGUACGAGGAGCCCUGGUUGAGUGUGGCGUGUGCCGCAGACACCAGAGCCGAGGCUUGCCUGCGCCUGCUGGGGCUCUGCCAGGCGCUGGGCAUCGACUCCCCCCGGUACCCGGUGGAGCAUUUCCUGUCGCACUUCAAAUAGCGGCGGGGAU